CUGUUUCCUAAGCAAGAAAGCAUCCUCAUCUGCAUCUCCUUGCCACCUCGUGUACAACCUAGAUCAUGAAGCCCCACAAGAGCAACCCUUCUUCUCCUAAGCGCUCGGCCGCCAUUGUCACACCCAUCGUUGUCCUGCUGGUCCUUGCGCUUGUCUCGGUCUACGACAUGACCUUCUCUAAUCGUUACCCGCCCAUCGACCGGGUCGCGACCUCCUCCUCGUCGUCGUCGCUGCCAUCGCCGAUCAACAACCCCUCGUCUUCUGCGUCUCCGGCCACCACCGUGGAGUCCUGCGACCUCACACGGGGCCAAUGGGUGCCUGACGACGAGGCUCCAUACUACACGAACCUGACGUGCCCGUUCAUCGACGACCACCAGAACUGCAUGAAGUUCGGCAAGCCGAGCCUCGAGUUCAUGCGGUGGCGGUGGAGGCCCGACGGGUGCGACCUCCCCCGCUUCGACGCGGCGCGGUUCUUGGAUGCCAUGAGGGGCAAAUCCAUGGCCUUCGUCGGCGAUUCCCUCGCCAGGAACCACCUCAAGUCCUUGCUCUGCCUCUUGUCCAAGGAGGCACAUCCGGUGGAGGUCGGGACGUCGCCAGAGAUCGACGUGACGGGGAGGGCCGUCCGGCGAGACUACCGCUUCGGCGACCACGGCUUCACUAUCUCCCUCUUCUGGUCGCCGUUCCUGGUGAAGGCCAACCAGUCGAACGCGACGCUCGGGCAGUGGGACCUCCACCUCGACACGGUGGACAGCCGGUGGGCGGCGCACAUCGCCGACUUCGACUACAUCGUCCUGUCGGGCACCAACUGGUUCCUACGCCCGUCGCUGUACCGCGAGGGCGGGCGCGUCGUCGCGCGCAACAGCGCCGCCGCGGUCGCCGGGAACCUGACCGAGCUGCCCGGGCCCCGCGCCGUGCGCGCCGCGUUCCGCACGGCGCUGGGCGCCAUCGCGGCGCGCGAGGGGUUCCGCGGCAAGGUGGUCCUCCGGUCGGUGACCCCCGCGCACUUCGAGAACGGGGAGUGGAACACCGGCGGCGACUGCGUCCGCAUGCGCCCGUUCCGGCGCGGCGAGCGCGCAUUGGGCGCCGUCGAGGCCGAGUACCGCGGCGCACAGGUUGACGCGCUCAGGGAGACGGAGGCGGCGGUGCGGCGGAACGGCGGGGAGCUGCUGCUGCUGGACAUCACGGAGGCGAUGGACCUGCGGCCGGACGGGCACCCGAGCCGGUACGGCCACCCGCCCGGCGGCAGCGUGGAGGGGAGCUUCAUGGUGGACUGCCUGCACUGGUGCUUGCCGGGGCCGAUCGACCUGUGGAGCGAGCUGCUGCUCCAGCUGCUGAUCGCCCAUCCAUCAUGAGCAUUGAUCUUGGCGACGCAGAGUGCACCGAACGGAGAGAAAUUUGAUCGAUCUGUAAAUGGGUUAUGGAUGUUUGU